AUGAAUGAUCCAAGCGAUGCCACCGACCGAGAGAUAGAAAAUCUUCAAACCAAAAAGAGAGAUUGGCGCAAGAACGAAUUCCAACAACUUCUCAACCGUGAGACUGACAAACAUCGAUUGCACUGUUUUGAUCUCGCUACUAGUGUUAUCUCUUCGUCCGGAGUACAGAGCACUUCUCCUAGAGCGGAAAACCCUAUUUCACGUGAAAAGCUUUGGGAAAUAGGGCUGGAUGAAAUCUUGAACAAAGGCCCUUCCAAGGUCGCUUGUGACCUCUCCCAAAGAAGCCUCGAGAAAUUGCAGCAGAUCUCUUACGGCAACUUCAUUCAGAAAGCUUUGGAUCGACCCUCUGACCAGAUCAAGACAUCCCUCUGGACAUAUGAAGUUCUUGAUGCCAAGCUUUAUUUUGACUUGAUCAAGUCCCCGCAGCAUCUGAACCAAUUGCAUGAUCUCAAACAGGUAACUCACUACACUUGGCAAGAGGCCAGCCGAGCAGUACUCCAAUGCCCGGCAUAUGAGGGCCUGAACGGAACCGGAGUAGGCGGAUUAGCCUUCAGGUUAGAAGCAACUCUUGACAAAUUUAUAACCCGACCCCUCCAAGAGGUUCUUGAGAGAGCAGACUCGGCGGAAAGGUUAUUGCAGGACUUGCAGGUUUUGGGCAUCCGUUUGCACGAUUCUUUGAGGCCACUUGAGGCAGACUGGAGCACGCCGCUCAACAACAGAAACGAUUUUCUGGAGCAAUUGCGAUGGAACGACGUUCCAGCUCUUGCGAGCCUCAUAUCACGCAAAGAUAUGGCUCUCUUCAGAGAUUAUGUGCCGAUCGCCUUCACCAAAGAUGGAGCCCAAGCGCGUUCCAUCUUGAGCUCCCGGUGGAAUCAGCUGAUGGUGGAGGUGAAAGAGUGCAUGGCUGCUGGGAUUGGGCUGGAAUCUAAAAUUGAUGGUCUUGCUCAGGUAUGCUGGAACCGUCUCAACUUCAAUAUCAAUUCUGACAGACCUUUUCAGGCCCUCCACACUACUUGCAACUACUAUUCCUUGACAGCUGUAGUGCAAGGUAUACAAGCGAGCGGCUUACAAACAGAAUGCUCGCGCAAGUACGGCAAGCUUAUCGACCCCACUGGUGGCUAUCAAGCUUAUCGCAGCGGCAUGGGCGGGAGCCAUGCGUUGGAUUUUCUUUUACCUGCAUUGUCCGCAUUCGCGCGGAAAGAUUUGACUUACGCAGAAGUGGUUACAAGGGAUCUUUCACUUUACAUCGAAACUCAUCGCUGUCCAACGUGCGAAAAACACGUGAAUCAUAUGGUUAUGCCGGAAACCUAUGGGUAUAUGGACUGCAUGCGGGCGAAGGAGGAUUCGCCUCCAAAAUCUAGUUUCUUGGCCAUUUUGACUGCGUGCUUCAGAUGCUAG